UAUAGGUUGAGGGCUUUGCUGCAUUUUCUUCUGGACCCUCGAAACCCUCGGACGGGAAGGGAGCGCCGCCGACGAAAAAUCGUACCUCAUGGACAAGGAUCGAUCCAGCCGGAAAUCCCGAGACGACCGCGAAAGGGACCGAGAUUCCAGCAAGGAUCACCACCACGGCGACCGUGAUCGCGACCGGGAUCACAAGCACCGGCGCCACCACGGCGAAGAGAAGCACCAUGGAUCGAGGGACGAGCGGCACGGCGACGAAGAUCGUCGCUACCGCUCCCGGGACGAUUCUCCCCGCGAUCUCGAGCCGAGCCGGGACAAGCGGCACCGCGACGAUAACCGCCGCCACCGCCGCUCCCGGGAGGACUCCCCUUCCGAUCUGGAGUGGAGGCGUGAGCGGUCGACGAGUAGGGCUACGGAUUCGGUCGAGCGGGAUAGGGUUUCCCGCGAGCAGUCCAUGGAGAGGCGCCACCACUCGUCCUCUUCGAGGAAGAGGAAGGAGCACGGAGGAGAUGAGGAAGAAUUGAACAAGAAUGACAAGCGGGUUAGGGUUUCUGAUGAGGGGAGAGAGGAGAAGAAGGAAAGGAGGCGUUUUGAGGACCGGGCUGCAGAGGAUUCGAGUGAUCUGAAUGGUGUCUACAAAGAAGAGAGGGUUUCGAAGGAUAGAAGGAAAGAAGAUGGAUUGAGGGCCAUGGAAGAAUAUAGGGAGGAGAAUAUGGUGAAAGAAGAGGUCAUGAGCGAUGCGGAAAUCAAGAAAAAGCGGAAAGAAGGGAGGAGAUUUAGCGAUAGUGUCAAGUCAGGGGAGAAGAGAGAUGAAGAUGAAGCUAAAGCAGUUGAUAGGAAAGAAGUGAGAGGGGAAUGGAAAUUUAAGGAUAGGGUCAAGGAAGAAGAUUUGGGGACUGUGGAUGAGGCAAAAUCAUCAGUUUUUUCCUUCAAUUCAAAACAUAAAUCAGUCAACGAGCAAAUGAUUAAUGGUGAUCAGAGCUACAUGGCCAUGGAGAAGAGUGGUUCUACAACUAAUGUUGUUGCUCAGGAACCGCUCACUGUGGCAUCAAUGGUUUCUAUUAGCACUGCUGCUUCUCAUCCCCUUCCUACCAAGGUAUCUUCAAUUACUACCACCAAUGAAAAUGAGGGAGUUAGUAUUAGAUCUGAUGAGGUUCCUGGAAAAUCCAGUACAGAUGGGACAGCAACUUCAGUCGCUGGCAAAAGUGGCAGCCUGUCUCUUGAUGCUUUAGCAAAAGCUAAAAAGGCUUUACAAAUGCAGAAGGAACUAGCGGAAAAGCUGAAGAAGAUUCCUAUGCUAAAUAAAGCUGCUAGUACAAGCACUGAGAACUUCAAGGUAGUAUCUGACAAGGAUGGGCUUAAGUCUCCUCCAUCAGGUUUAGGAGCACAAGCUGUCUCUACUGGGCCUUUGACUUCUGUCUCUGCAACCCCUGUUCAGGCAAUGCCAGGAUUACCUGUUGGGGUAACACCGUCUGAAAAGGCAUCUGCUGCAGGUGGCAUUGGCAUUCUUCCUGGCCUCACAACACCUAAUAUUGAGGCUGUAAAGCGAGCACAAGAGCUUGCUGCUAAGAUGGGAUUUCGCCAGGACCCAGAGUUUGCACCUCUUAUAAAUAUGUUUCCUGGAUCAUCAUCAACUGAUGUGGCUGCACCUCAGAGACCUGCCAAGGCUCCUGUUCUGCGCUUAGAUGCCCAGGGUAGAGAAAUUGAUGAAUAUGGGAAUGUCAUUAAUAUGCCUAAAUUGACAAAUCUCAGUACUCUGAAGGUCAAUAUCAACAAACAGAAGAAAGAAGCAUUUCAAAUAAUCAAACCAGAUUUAGAUGCUAGUGCACAAUCGAAUCCUUAUUUUGAUGAGGGGAUGGGUAUUAACAAAACAAAGCUCUUGAGGCCCAAAAGGAUGACAUUUCAGUUUGUAGAGGAAGGCAAAUGGUCAAAAGAGGCAGAGAUGAUAAAAUUUAAGAGUCAAUUUGGAGAAGCGCAAGCAAAGGAAUUGAAAAUGAAGCAGUCACAGCUUGCAAAGGCCAAGGCUGAUCCUGACAGUAACCCGAAUUUGAUAGCAGUAGGGGUGAGGCUUACUAAAGAGAAGAAGAAGGAAGAGAUCCCUGAAAUAGAGUGGUGGGACAAGCCGAUUUUACCUUCAGGUUCCUAUGAUGACGUCGCCAAUGUGAAACUGAACAUGGACAGGAUCACAAUAUAUAUAGAGCACCCGCUUCCGAUUGAGCCCCCAGCAGAGCCUGCCCCACCACCGCCACAACCUCUGAAGCUUACAAAGAAGGAGCAGAAGAAACUAAGGACACAGAGGCGCCUUGCAAAGGAAAGAGACAGGCAAGAAAUGAUCAGGCAGGGCCUGAUAGAGCCUCCCAAGCCCAAGAUUAAGAUGAGCAAUCUAAUGAAGGUCCUAGGCUCUGAAGCAACUCAAGACCCCACAAAGCUUGAAAUGGAAAUUCGUAGUGCUGCUGCUGAGCGAGAGCAAGCUCAUGUUGAUAGAAACAUUGCUCGCAAGCUCACCCCUGCAGAACGUCGUGAGAAAAAAGAGAGGAGGCUCUUUGAUGAUCCGAACACACUUGAGACUCUUGUUUCUGUGUACAAGAUUAAAGACCUUUCACACCCACAAACACGCUUCAAAGUUGAUGUGAAUGCCCAAGAGAACCGGCUGACUGGAUGUGCUGUGAUAUCGGAUGGCGUCAGUGUUGUGGUUGUGGAAGGGGGCAGAAAGCCAGUUAAAAGGUAUGGGAAGCUGAUGCUGAAACGGAUAAACUGGGCAGCUGCUGUCACCAAUGAGGAUGAAGCUGAGGACUCAGACGCUCCUGCCAAUAGUUGUGUUUUGGUAUGGCAGGGUAGUGUUGCAAAACCUAGCUUCAAUAGGUUUCUUGUUCACCAGUGCAGAAGCGAGGCUGCUGCCAGGAAAGUGUUUGCAGAUGCUGGGGUUCCACACUAUUGGGAUCUGGCUAUCAAUUACUCGGAAGAACUGUUGUAAGUGAAGCCACUACGAGUAGAGUAAAUUAGUGACUGCAGGGAUCGAUGAACAAAUUGAAGGUUUUCUUUGCUUUUAUAUGGGCCCUUGGACAAUAAGCUUUUCAAUUUUCAGACUAAAUGGUUUUGAUGAAUGCUAGAGCAGUUCAUUUUCUGAAGCUUCUUUUCUUCCUGAAUUUUCUUUAUUGAUGAGCCUGAAGCUUCGUCAUCCUUUUGCACCUCCUGCAAGAAAGCAUGAUUAAAUUUUGAAUGACAUGGCAUGCGAUGUGAGGUAUCAGCCCGCCUUUUGUUGAAUGGAGCUCUUGUGGUGACUGAGAUGGUUAAAAUGGUUAAAUGUGGUGAUUGAGAUGUAUAAUGUGAUUAUUGUAGCAUUUGCGGAUGCUAUUCAUGGAAUUUCAUUUUACAUAUUUUCCUGUCUUAUAAGUUGUUGACAAUGAAUCUGUAUUUGCUCUGCUCGUUCCAUGGAUUGAUUCCAAAAAAAGAUGAUAUUCGUGUAUCGGUACAAAA